AUGGACGCUGUGUCCUCCUUUCUAAAGAAGCACAGUUCAAAGGCCAGCGUCUGUGAGGGAUACAACGUGUGCAUUUUCGCCUACGGACAGACGGGGGCAGGAAAGAGCUACACCAUGAUGGGCAAACAGGAGCCGGGGCAGGAGGGGAUCAUACCUCAGCUGUGUGAAGACCUGUUCCAGAGAACAGGACAUAACUCGGAUCCUGACCUGACCUACUCUGUGGAGGUGUCCUACAUGGAGAUCUACUGUGAGCGGGUCCGGGAUCUGUUGAACCCAAAGUCCCAGGGGACUCUUCGGGUUCGGGAGCACCCCAUCCUGGGUCCCUACGUGGAGGAUCUGUCCAAACUGGCUGUGACGGGAUUCCCCGACAUCCGGGACCUGAUGGACGCCGGCAACAAAGCUCGGACGGUCGCAGCGACGAACAUGAACGAGACCUCGUCCAGAUCUCACGCCGUCUUCACCAUCGUGUUCACCCAGAGACGCCGAGACCAGCUGACCGGCCUGGACACCGAGAAGGUCAGUAAGAUCAGUUUGGUGGAUCUGGCUGGAAGCGAGCGAGCGGACUCUUCAGGGGCAAAGGGAACACGACUGAAGGAAGGAGCAAACAUUAAUAAAUCUCUGACCACGCUGGGGAAGGUGAUCUCCGCUCUGGCUGAAAUGCAGAGCAACAAGAAGAGGAAGAGUGAUUUUAUUCCAUACAGAGACUCUGUUCUCACCUGGCUUCUGAAGGAAAACCUGGGAGGAAACUCUCGGACAGCAAUGAUCGCUGCUUUAAGUCCUGCUGACAUCAACUAUGAAGAAACACUGAGCACUCUGAGGUAUGCCGACCGCGCCAAACAGAUCCGCUGUAACGCCGUGAUCAACGAAGAUCCAAACGCCAAACUGAUCCGAGAGCUGAAGACCGAGGUGGAGCGCUUACGGAACCUGCUGUUCUCCCAGGGCCUGCAGGAGCUGCUGGACAACGCAGCAAACAACAACAGCCUCUUGGCUGCAGCAGGUUCGGCCUUGUCCCCACUACAGCUGACACUCACAGCCAAUGGGGUUGCACCGCAGAAUGGCUCCGCCCCUCCAGGGUCUGAGCCCGCCUCGGCAGGAGACCUUCCUGCUGACCCAGACCGGCUGAUAGAGGACGGGGAGGAGGGCGAGGAGGCGGAGCCUGCAGAGCCCAUCAGUAAAGAGGAGGCAGCAGAGAGGCUGAUGGAGACAGAGAAGAUCAUUGCAGAGCUGAAUGAGACGUGGGAAGAGAAGCUGAGGAAGACCGAGUCUAUCCGUCUGGAGAGAGAGUCCCUGCUGGCAGAGAUGGGUGUAUCGAUUAAAGAGGAUGGAGGGACUCUGGGCGUCUUCUCUCCUAAAGGA